UUUUCCAUUUGCGACACAGGCAGUGGGGAUACUGGUGUGGCUGAAUGGAGUUUACCUGCUGAUAAAGUAUGGAGAGAAUAGCCGCUUUUUUUCAGAGUCCUACAUGACCCUGACAGUUUUGGUCAUAGUCACUAGUGCUGCGUUGCUAUUGGUCACCGGAUGCCUCGGCUCCUGGGUGAGCCUCAAGGAUUCCAUCUGUCUACAGGGACUGUUUGUUUACCUCCUAGUUGUGGUCUUUUGUGUGAAAAGUACGGCUUCAGCACUGGCUUAUUUCCAUUCGGUGACGCUGGAUACAGAGAUGGCUCCCUUCAGUGGAGUGUUUGAGAACUACACCGGCAGCAGCGAGGACUCCAAUUCUCGGUCUGUGGAUGCUAUGCAAGAGGAGCUCAAAUGUUGCGGUGUGAAGAACUACACGGACUGGCUGGAAACCACCUGGUUUAAUAAAAGUGGAGGGCUCAGGUUUCCUUACAGUUGCUGCAACGUUACUUUCCCCACUUGUAAUGGCACUGUUUACCAGCCAUGGCAAAUUUACACACAGGGCUGCCAAGAGGAGCUGUCGAAGGUCAUACAGUUUGCGCUGAAAAUGGACAUGUGGAGCUCCCUAUUGGUUUAUGUGGUGGAGAUUGGGUUGUUUGUGAUGGUGAAACAGCUCAUGAGAACAAAUAGAUCUACGAGGUACCAAGUACUGGAGAAAAACUAAAGAUGCUCUAAUGGAUGGAAGAUCACUACACUUUGAAUAGAUAUAGUUCAAAUCUCAAAACUAUUGAGUCAUUUGCCGGUACACUAUGAAACAUGUAAAACUGGAGAAAGUCGUUUUGUGUAAUACAUGUACAGAUGUCUAUUGUUAUCACUGGAUUGUCUGUCACCAAAAGACUGACAGUUUUUUGCAAUAAACAUUAGAAUCAGAAUACUUUAAUAAUCCCUAAAGAACUUAUGUAAUUAUGUAAACAUACUGCAGAACUGGCCUGUGUGGACUUCUGGCCUGACAAAAUGUAGGCAAAGAUGGGGCAAAGGGCUUAGAGAUAUAUCCUAAAUUAGGUUUGAUGAAUAUGAGUUACUGUCACAGACUUUUUUUGGCCUACAGAGGGCUGGCACAUUUCUGCUAUAGCUCUCUCAAGCAAUAUUUGUGUUGAGUGUGUGUGGUUGAAUUGUGGUAAGUUUGUAUCUUGAUUGUCAGUGCAUUACUGUAUGUGGAGAAUUCCGUCACUGCCUGUGUAAUAAUGUUUUGUUAUUAGACUGAAAGUGGUGCAUACAGAAUUACUUUAUAAAAGAAAUAUAAAUGAAGUGGAAACUAAUUGUAUACUUUACAUUGCAUUUAGCAAUUUAACCUUCUCUGCACUGAUAUUCACAUGUGAUCCCUAUCCCUAUGGUCACUAAAUUGUGACAUGGACUUUUAAGAUAUAAUAAUAUUUUUCAACAAGUCAACCAACAAACUAUUUUUCGUUUUCCCAAAGACCCAGAGAAAUAUUCACCCUUUGCCAAAACCUGGGGUUUGUCCAUUUGAUGUAGAUGAAAAAUAAACCUAAUGAUGCCAUUGUUGGAAAGCCAAA